CACGAUGAUAAUCAUUUCACAAUUACGUAAGGAAUCACUUCCAAGCUACUUUCCUUCACACACACACAUUACAUAUAUAUAAAGACUACACAGUACACACAUACCAUAUGUACAUAUAGACACAGAUAUACCUACUUUCCUAAUCAAUCAAAUCAAAGUAAUACAUAUGGAAACUGAAAAUAGCAAGUGGAGAGACUGGGUGAUAAAGGUGAACGAAGAAUCGGUCAGACGACGGGCAGAGGACAACGCCGCCACUAAUAGUAAUAAUGACACAGGCAAGGAUGAGGAAGAGGGGCAGUGGAAGAAGCGGUGCAUAUACAGAAUCCCCCAAGCCUUCACCGAAGUGAACAAGAAAGCAUACAAGCCACUUGUUGUGUCUUUAGGCCCUUACCAUUAUGGGGCGGACCAUUUGAAGGUGAUGGAGGAACACAAACACCGGGCAUUGGUUCACUUCCUCAGGAGAUCGGGAAAACCUUUGGAGCGAUACCUCCACGCCCUCACCCCGCUUGUGCAAGAUCUCAAAAACGCAUAUGACUGCCCAGGUCGUUACGGAGCCAGCGAUGAUGAUCAAGAAACUGUCCAGUGGUGGCAGAAAGAUGCUGAUUUCAUGCGGCUUAUGGUUCAGGACGGGUGUUUCAUGCUGGAGAUAUUACGUACAGCAGGAAUUUCGGCUUAUUAUAGCCUUGGGAAGGACGACUACGCCCCUUGGGAUCCCGUGUUUAGCGACCACGGGAAGCUGUACCUCAUCCCACAUCUUCGGCGAGACAUGCUCGUCCUCGAGAAUCAGUUGCCCAUGCUCCUCCUCUAUACUCUUUAUGCCGUCUCCACCCAUGAUGAGUAUGACGGCGUUCUGGACGAGAAGGACGUGGACUCCAUCAACAACCUCAUAAUCCAAAUAUGGAGUCCAGACUCACGACAUAAAAAGUUUGGGAAAUGCCUGCACGUACUUGAUCUGUACCGUAAGAAUCUGCUCUGGGAACCAGCCAAGUACGCCCACAAGAGACACCAGCAACUGAAUAAAAUGAGAGGAGCGCAGCGAGCGGCCCAUCUCCGCCGCAAAACCACCACCGUCUCAUCCAGAAGCGGCGGCGGCGGAGACGGCCAGAUCGUCCGAUCCGCAAUCGAGCUAUACGAGGCCGGGAUCCGAAUCAAGAAGAACAAAACGCGGAGCCUGACGGACAUCUCAUUCCGCGGCGGCGUUCUGCGGCUCCCUCUCAUCACACUGGACGACACCAGCGAAUCGAUGUUCCUAAACCUAAUGGCGUUCGAGCGAUCUCACGUGGGGGCGGGGAACGAGAUCACCGCGUACAUAUUCUUCAUGGACACGAUAAUCGAUAGCAGCAAGGACGUGAGCCUUCUCCACGCUUCGGGAGUGCUCCAGAACGCCAUCGGAAGCGAUAAGGCGGUGGCGAAGCUGUUCAAUUCGCUGUCGAGAGACAUCACUAUGGAUCCGCAGAGCAGCCUGGAUGUGAUUCAGAAUGCGGUGAGUGAGUAUUGCAAGAUACCGUGGAACCAGUGGCGGGCGAAUCUGAUCCAUACCUACUUCCAGAACCCAUGGGCGAUACUGUCCGUCAUUGCAGCCAUUUUGCUUUUCGCGCUCACCAUCGCCCAGACCGUCUACUCCAUUUUACCUUACUACAAGCCUUCAUCGUAAGAGAUAACUCUGCUUUUGUGCGUUGGCUUGUGGUGUGUGAGAGUGAUGUGAUUUUUUUGUUGGUGAAGAAGAGCUAUAUAUGUUUUCCCCCUAUUUUGAAAGGCUUGUCCAAUAAGCAUUGAAAUGUGCUUCGUGAAUUAUGGUAUGUUACUGUAAUUACUUUUUCAUACUUCUUCCUCUCUUCAAUGGUGGACUUGGAGAUAUGGAGAUAUUUUGCAUAUGAGUCUAUUCAAUUCAAACUCCCAAUAUUAUAGGAGCAUCUGCAUCCACCAUCCUUAAA